CCAGAGACGCACUAUUACGACUAUCUGGGAGCCACUGACAGCUCCUCGGCUAAACUGUCGCCUUGUCUGCCUCACUGACCUGACUCUUGCUUUUGGUUCACUGCUUUUUCCUGAAGGUUAUUUGGGAAAAGGAUUCAUCAUGCAGUCCUGUGCCAGGUGUGGGUUUGUGGUCUACCCAGCAGAGAAGAUCAACUGCAUCGACCAGAAUUGGCACAAAGCAUGCUUUCAUUGUGACAUCUGCAAGAUGGUCCUCACAGCGAACAACUUUGUCAGCCACAAGAAGAGGCCCUACUGCUCAGUGCACAAUCCGAGGAACAACACAUUCACGAGUGUCUACGAGACCCCCAUCAACAUCAACGCAAAGAAGCAAAGCAAGGCGAGCAGUGAGCUAAAGUAUCGCGAAGAUGGCGAACGCUUUAUGUCCUCCUUCCACUGUGACACGAGAGCCAUGGAGCUGGAGAAGGCUCACCUAGCCAAUCAGAUGGCCAGUUCAUCUUGUACAUCUAAACAGGCCUUUCAGUCUCAGUCUGAGUUCUCACAGCAGCAGACGUGGUACUCAGGGAUGGUGACCAACCAGGAGAUAGUGACGAUGUCCCAGUCGCAGAAGAACAUCAGUGACGUGAAAUACACAGAAGAAUAUGAACAGUCAAAAGGAAAAGGGAGCUUCCCUGCAAUGAUCACACCAGGUUACCAAGCUGCGAAGAAAGCCAAUACAUUGGCCAGUAAUCUGGAAUACAAAAAAGGACAUGAAGAGAGAGUUUCAAAGUACACCACAUUUGUUGACCACCCUGAGGUACUUCUGGCCAAGAAACAAGGACAAAUAGUCAGCGAUUAUGCCUACACAGAAGAAUACGAGCAGCAGAGAGGGAAAGGUAGUUUCCCUGCACAUCUCACACCUGGAUACCAAAUGUCUAAGAAGGCCACUGAGCAGGCCAGUGAUAUAAAGUAUCGUCAGAUGUAUGAACAGGAGAUGAAGGGUAAAGCCAGUGCUGAGGCAGCAGUAGCUGAGGCAGUUCACGCCAGAGAAAAUGCAGAGAACUUCAGCCAGAUUGCCUACACUGAAGAGUAUGAGCAACAACGAGGCAAAGGAAGCUUCCCUGCCAUGAUCACACCUGGUUAUUAUCUCGCAAAGAAGGCACAGGAAAAUGCAAGUGAUCUGAAAUACAGGAAGGACUUAAACAAGCUGAAGGGCACAUCGCACUUCCAUAGUCUGACCUCAGAGGAUAAUCUGGCAUUGAAGAACGCCCGUAAAAUCAACAAGAUUGUCAGUGAGGUGGAGUAUAGGAAAGACUUGGAGAACACCAAAGGACACAGCAUCAAUUUCUGUGAGACGCCACAGUUUCAAAAUGCCGCCAAGGUUGCCAAGUUCACCAGUGAUAACAAAUAUAAAGAGAAAUACACCAGUGACAUGAAGGGCCACUAUGAGGACGCAGGCAUCGAUAAGAAGACCAUGCAUGCCAUGAAAGCAAGGAAGCUGGCCAGUGAUAUUGCUUAUAAACAAGGCUGUGAACAGGAGCAGGGGGAGUACAACUACCAGGCCACUCUCACACCAGGUUACCAAAGCCAAAGGAAGCUGGACCCACUGAAAGACAAAAACUACAGGCAACAUAUCGACCAGGUCAAGUACAAGGCGGUGACAGACACACCUGAGAUCAUUCUAGCCAAGAAAAAUGCUCAGCUUGUCAGCAAUUUAAAUUACAAAGCAGACUAUGAAAAGACGAAGCACCAGUACACUCUAUCCCAAGAUCUACCCCAAAUCCAAAAGGCUAAAGCCAAUGCUGCCUUGUGUAGUGAUAUUAAAUACAAAGAGGACUGGGAGAAGACCAAAUCUAAAGCUUGUGACAUCGGUGUGGACGACCUGAGCGUCAGAGCAGCUAAAGCUUCCCGAGACCUCGCAAGUGAUAUUAAAUACAAAGAGAGCUACUUGAAGAACAAGGAGAAGGCGGUGGGAGUCAACAUGAGCGACUCCAAGACUCUGCACUCUCUUCAAGUGGCCAAGAUGAGCAGUGACAUUGAGUACAAGAAGGGCUCCAAGGAGAGCCAGGCCCAGUACAGCCUUCCUAAGGACAUGAUCAACCUGAGCCACGCCAAGAAGGCUCAGGCGCUCGCCAGUGACCUGGAAUAUCGCACAAAGCUCCACGACUACACCGUAAUGCCCGAUGACAUCAAGGUCCAGCAGGCCAAAAAGGCUUAUUCACUGCAGAGCGAGAACCAGUAUCGCUCAGACCUGAGCUGGAUGAAAGGAGUGGGCUGGGAGACUGAAGGAUGCCUCAACAUUGCUCAGGCCAAGAAAGCCGGAGAGCUUCUUAGUGAUACCAAAUACCGUCAGAAGGCAGACAGCAUCAAGUUCACCCAGGUGGCCGACGAUCUCUCCGUCAAACAUGCCAAGAAAAGUCAGGAGCUGCAGAGCGACCUGGCUUACAAAGCAAACACGGAGCAGAUCAUGCACCAGUACACCAUGACCAAGGAUGAGCCUCUGUUCAGACAAGCGAAGGCCAACGCUGACCUUCUCAGUGGGAAAGUGUACAAGAGCAACUGGGAGAAGCAGAGGGAAAAAGGUUUUGAGCUUCAUUUGGACUCCCUGUCUAUACUCACAGCUAAAGCCAAGAGAGACCUGGCCAGCGAUGUUAAAUACAAGGAGAAGUAUGAGAAGAACAAAGGCAAGGUGAUCGGCAUAAAGUCCGUCAGUGAGGACUCUCAGAUGGCUCAUUCUGCUCUGGCUACUAAACUACAGAGUGACCGCCACUACAAGAAGAACUACGAGGACACAAAGACCAAAUACAGUGUUUCUCUGGAUAUGAUGAACAUCAGCCAUGCCAAGAAGGCACAAGAUCUGGCAACUGAGACCAACUACAGGACUUUCCUCCAUGAAUACACCACUCUGCCGAGUGACAUGAAUGUCGCCUGGGCUAAGAAGGCCUACGGACUACAGAGUGACAAACAGUACAGGUCGGAUCUGAACUGGAUGAAGGGUGUCGGCUGGGAAGCCUCAAAAUCUCUGGAUGUCCAGCAGGCAAAGAAAGCCGGAGAGCUGCUCAGCGAGAAAAAGUACCGUCAGGAUGUGAGCGCUCUGAGGUUUACCAGCGUUGAAGAUACUCCAGAGAUGAUUCAGGCCAAACAGAGCAACAAGCUGGCGAUUGAUCGGUUGUACAGGGAGAAAGGUGAAAACGUGAAACACAGCUACACCCUGAGUGGAGCGCUGCCGGAGAUGGUGCAGGCCAAACUCAACGCCAUGAAUAUCAGCGAGAGCCGUUACAAGGAAUCUUGGACUAAGAUACGGGAUGGUGGUUACAAGCUGCGCCUGGAUGCCAUUCCUUUCCAGUCUGCCAAAGCGUCUGCAGAGAUCCUGAGCGAUCAAAAGUACAAAGAAGACUUCGAGAAGACUAAAGGGAAGAUGAUUGGAUUGAAGGGGCUGCAGGAUGAUUUGAACAUUGCUCACUCGGUCCAUGCCAGCAAAUUACAGAGUGAUAUUAAAUACAAGCAAGAGUCUGCCAAGGAGCUCUCUAAGUUCCACCUCCCCAUGGACAUGAUGGAGGUUGCCCACGCUAAAAAGGCCCAGAUGCUGGUCAGCGAUCAGGACUACAGACUCUCCCUGCAUCAGUACACCUCACUGCCUGACGACAUGAAGGUGCAGGCUGCAAAGAGAGCAUACGCCCUGCAGAGUGAGAGAGAAUAUCGCUCUGAUCUGAACUACCUGCGUGGUGCCGCCUGGAUCGCCACAGGAGCUCUGCAGAUCGAAGGGUCCAAGAGGGCCACAGACCUCAUCAGUGAUAAAAAGUACCGUCAGCAGCCCUACAACUUCAAGCACACCUCUGUCGCUGACUCUCCAGACAUCAUCCACGCCAAAAUGAGCGGACAGAUCACUAACGAACGUCUGUACAAAGAGAAGGGGGUGAACGACCAGCACAGCUACACUAUCACAACCGAGAGACCAGAGCUUACACAAGCAAAGAUCAAUGCCGCCAACUUGAGCGAGAUAAAGUACAAAGAGUCCUGGCACACUUUGAGAGCUCAGGGCUACAAACUCACCAUGCAGGACAUCCCCUUCCAGGCUGCCAAGAGCUCCACGGGCAUCGCCAGUGAUUACCAGUACAAACACAACCACCUGCUGGAAAAGGGGAAACACAUCGGAGUCAAAAGCGUCCUGGACGACCCGCGUCUCCUGCACUGCCUGCAGGCCGGUCGGCUGGCCAGCGCCCAAGAGUACCGCAGGGACGCGCUGACGACCAGCGGGCAGUACCACCUCACCCCGGACAUGAUUCAUCUGGUGGCGGCUAAGAACGCCCAGGCCCUGGCCAGCGAUCAGGACUACAGGAAGAGGCUGCACGAGUAUACAGUGCUGCCAGAUGACAUGAAGGUCAAGUGGGCCAAAAAGGCUUACAACCUGCAGAGUGAGAAACUCUACAAAUCAGACCUCAAUUACAUGAAAGGAGUGGCCUGGGAUGGAGUGGGUGCACCUCAGCUGGAGUCUGCCAUGAAGGCCGGAGAACUUUUAAGUGAUAAAAAGUACCGUCAGCUGCCGGACAGCCUGAGGUUCACCUCAGUGGCUGACUCUCCUGAUAUCAUCCACGCUAAGACGAGCUAUCAGCAGUGCAGUGAGAGGCUGUACAAAUCUGGAAAGAAUGAUGACAUGCAUAAAUACACCUUACACCCGGAUGAUCCCGACUUUGUCAGAGCCAAGAUGAACGCCCAGCAGAUUAGUGAUAAAGUUUACAAGGCAUCUGGGGAGCAGGUGAAGACAUCGGGCUAUGACCUGAGGCUGGAUGCUAUUCCCUUCCAAACUGCUAAGGCCUCCAGGGAAAUUGCCAGUGAUUUCCGCUACAAGGAGUCCCACGUGAAGGAGAAGGGCCAGCAGGUGGGGCUGCGCUGUGUGGAGGACGACCCCAAGAUGGUGCACUCUCUGGCAGCCAGCAAGCUCCAGAGCAACCUGGAGUACAAACGCCAGUCCAAGGAGGACCGUGGCCACUACAAAAUCCAUGCAGACCAGCCCGAGUUCCUGCAGGCCAAAAAGAGUCAGGCUCAGGCCAGUGACCUCACCUACCGAAGCAAGCUCCACGACUACACGUGUGACCCAGAGCAGCUCAACGUCAAGCAUGCCAAGCAGGCCUACAAGCUGCAGAGCGAUGUGAACUACAAGUCAGACCUGAACUGGAUCAGAGGAGUGGGCUGGACCCCUCCUGGUUCCCACAAGGCUGAGCUCGCCCGCCGGGCUGCAGAGCUGGGUCUGGCUGAAGGAGUUAGCACCGAGGAGGCGAUUGCCAACUACCAGCACAUGAUGAUGCUGCAUCACCAGCAGCAGAUGGAGCAGCAGCAACAGCAACAGCAAACUUCUGAGCAGGUGGAGACCAGCGAGGAGAUUCAGCAAGGCGUUAACAUGGACGCAAUGGAGGUCCUGCAUGUGAAGAGGAAGAAGACCAUCCAGACUGUUCAGAAGAAGUCUACCACCACCACAACGUCAUUCAGAUCCAUGGAGAAGAAGUCCAGCACCACCUCGUCCUCCUCAUCAGCUGCCCUCCAGAACACAGUCAAGAUGUCCUCGUCUAGUAAAGCUGCUGCGAUAGAGGACGCAUAGAUCGGAGUAGAUUUUUUUAAAUGAUUGAGUUUAGAGACAGUUAAAGAUGGUCACUUUCGGAAAGUGGUUUUAACUUUUACUGAGUGAUUUAUUUUACUACGAUCAUGUGAGAUGCUACAAUAAUGUCGAACAGAUCCGCUGUAGGUGCAACAGUGAACUGUAAUGCACAGUUCAUGUGAUUACAAAAGCGAUUAAGCAUGUUGAACCAGAGAGGGACUUGUCAUGUUUGUUAGGACAGGUUGUCUAUGUGUGUGCGAAACAAAAUGGAAUUCAGAAAAGCUUCAAGAUGCAAAGUGGUUUUUUUUUUGACAUUUUAUUAAAACGUCUGAGUGGGUUAAAAUGCCCCUGAAGGACCAUUUUCAACACCAGUUAAAGCAUUAAGAUCACCAAAACUGAAUUAAGGUUGCCGCAGGAUAGAAGUUAAACUGAAUGAAAUGCUGAAAUGAAACAUUGCGCUUUUGUAUAUCAAGUGUGUUCAGAAGAUAUGGAGCUGGACCAGGGAUUGCUAUGUGGCCAGCGAUGCAAAGUGCAAAGGAUUUUUACAUUGUUUGUUUUUUAUCUUUGGUAAAUACAACAUGCUGCAAGUCCAAAUGUACGAGGCACCGACGCAGCCUUGUUGUAGUCAUGCAGCACAGGUCUGAUAAUCUAGUGCACUUUGAGCUAGGCUCGGUGACAGGCAAGACGACUGUAAUGACUUCUGUCUGGCAGGUUCAGCUUUGUGAGUUCGUAACAGGGAUUCUUUUAACUCAAAGCUGGACUGGGAGUAAAUGCUUGGUUUUGUCGCUGAUAAAAUAAACUGUUUUGUCAAGGCACAA